ACUUGCGCUUUGUGAUUGGUCCGGCGGCUUCUGGGAUCUGUCAUGUGUCCCAGGUACCGCCUUACCAUUCACAAAAAGCACCGCUUCUUGCGCAUGCGCACUUGGCACCCGGCUGUCAUGCCCAGUGCCCACACUACAGAAGCCGGAAGACAGCGCGCCGCUGGAUAGAGGAACAGGUAAGAUCCUGCUGCAGAGCUGAGCGGCCGGCCCGGUAUUCUGACACAGCCGCGGUGGAAAUACCGGACCGGCCGCUCCAUAUUCGCUCCAUAAGACGCACUGACAU